AGGACUACUUCACACAAUCUGCAGGUCCCGUGAAGCGGGUGAUGCUCACCUACAACCAGAACGGCACCAGCCGGGGCAUCGCUUCGAUCGUUUUCAGCAAGCCCGAGACUGCGGCCAAGGCUGCGAAGGAUUUGAACGGACUGCUCGUUGACGGAAGACCCAUGAAGAUCGAGGUGGUUGUUGAUGCCUCUAGCGCUCCCAACGUUCCCGCCCCGAAGCCUCUUGGCGAGCGUGUGGUUCAAAACAAGCCCCAGCCGAAGCCUGCCACAGCCACCAAGACUGCCGGAGCCACGCGCGGACGUGGUGGUCGCGGCCGUCGCCGCGGAGCUGCUGCUGCCGGCGGUCGUGCGAACCGCCCCAAGCCCAAGACCGCCGAGGAGUUGGAUGCCGAGAUGGUCGAUUACUUCCAGUCGACGGAGAACUCCAACCCCGCCGAGGGUGCCGCCCCGAACGGCAACGUCCAGCCUGCCGCCAACGGUGGAGAGGAUAUGGGAAUGGCGGAGAUCUCCUGAGCGCUUAUGAUACCCUUCCGUCGAGUUUGACGGAGGACCUCUUGUUUCCUUUUCAUGACGUGUUUUUCUAGUUUUUCUACUCUUUAUUAUCGGCUUUCUUUUAGUUUUUUAAGACGUCCUUUUCUUGGGUUAUGAUGGACGGGGGUGCAGAGAAUGUAUGUAUUUAAUAACAGCCGCAAUGAAUGUGGAGCAUUUCACUUGGUA